AUAACCUGACGAGAGGACAAAACCUCCCGCGCCCGAGGGAGCGGCAUAAGCCCUAGCCAUUCAAAACAUCCCUUCACCUCCCGUGGCGGAUUAUGACGAUUACUACGGCGUCGUUUGGUGUGAUUAACAGAGCUGCACCUGGAGCUGGAGGAGUGAGCUCCGGCGGCAGGACAGUAUUGAUUACGGGGGUAAGCAAAGGGCUUGGCAGAGCCCUGGCUCUAGAACUUGCCAAGAGAGGCCAUACCGUUAUCGGCUGCUCUCGUGCUCUGGAUAAACUCAAUUCUCUCCAAUCCGAGCUUUCCUCCGACCAUAACAACGACCACCUCCUCCUCAACGCCGACGUGAGAUCUAAUAGUAGCGUGGAAGAGCUGGCCAGAGCAGUAAUGGAAAAGAAAGGCGUUCCAGAUAUCAUAGUGAACAAUGCUGGUACCAUUAACAGAAACAACAAGAUAUGGGAGGUUCCAGUGGAAGAGUUUGACGCUGUAAUUGAUACCAAUGUGAAAGGAAUAGCAAAUGUUCUGCGUCAUUUCAUCCCUCUAAUGUUACCCAAAAAGCAAGGAAUUAUUGUUAACUUCUCUUCUGGGUGGGGAAGAUCCGGUGCUGCCCUGGUUGCUCCUUAUUGUGCAUCUAAAUGGGCAAUUGAGGGUUUGACCAGAUCAGUUGCAAAGGAGUUGCCUGAUGGGAUGGCAGCUAUUGCACUUAAUCCGGGGGUGAUACACACUGAAAUGCUCCGGUCAUGUUUUGGCACUUCGGCUUCACACUACCAGGCACCUGAUACAUGGGCCUCAAAGGCAGCUACAAUGAUACUCAAUCUAACUGGGGCUGAUAAUGGUGCAUCUCUAACUGUGUGAUGAAGGUUUCCAAGGCUGUAAUGAUGCUCAAACAGAAGCAGAUGGUAGCACAUCUUGUGAGAAGAGUUCUUCAUCAGUUGUCAGGCAUUUAUUCAUUGUGAUGGUAUCACACCUUUCAAAAAAAAAUUCUUCCUCUGUGGCCCUGUCAAUACUAGAAUUGGAUUACAAUGAACUCCAUAGUUUUACUUUAAACAGUUCUUUAGGUAGAUGAGGAACUUACUAUGUUCAUUGUCUAUAUGCACUAUUAAUUGAGGCCAAAGAAUGUAGCAAGUCUUAUUAUUGUGAUGUAUGGACCAAGGGAAUUUCUCCCAGGAGCUUUUGAUCAUGAAAUUACCUAUGAUUUUAAUUG